GAGGCCACCCCGCCGCGGGGCCACGGGCCGAGCACCGGAGGCGCGGUCAGCGCGGCCCGCUAGGUGCGGCGCCCGCCAGUUGCACUAGGCAUCGGGGUGGGCAGCCGAACAGUCUCCUAUAGGAGUGGGGUGCGGGCGCUGGACUUUCUUCGUCCCGCUGGGCAAGGGUUUCAAAUGAGGCACUUAGAAGAGCUGGGGUCCUGCGGACAGGUGCUGGCACCCGGCCACUGCAGGCGCCAACAACAGGCUUGAUGCUGAAGACUUCAGGGAGCUGAGGGAAGCCCACCCGGAGUUAGGGGCUCGGGCCACAGGAGUUAGAGGAGACCAGGAGGGACAAGUAGAGAGAGCCGCUCUGCUGGGACGCAUCCCGGCCCGGCUGCCUGGAUUUCUAAAAAUCUCUGGGCGGGUUGGGUGGGCUCUAAAUGGGUCGGGCGGAUGGGUGCCCUCACCUAGAGCUCGCAAGAGAGAAAAACGAGAGGCCGAGCGCCUGGAAGUUGGGGACGUUUGAAAGUGAAAACUCCCUUUUGCUAAGCUCCUGAAGUUGGGGGUCUACCUUCCCACCCCAGCUCUCUGCACCCCUGGGUUUCCCACCUGGCUUGGGCACGAAAGGAGCCGAAGCGCCCUUUUCCCUCACUGCACAUUCUGGGUCUAGAGACACUGACACCGAUGAGGAGUAGCUAGACUUGAACCCCUUAAGCAGUUCGACGGCACGGCCCGGAGAAGGCACUAGCCACUCCCCAGCUAGCUGAGCCUCUUUCGGGGAAAGAGCACUGGGUGGCCUAGUCUCCCGCUUCAUGGGCCCGGCGAGCGGCAUGAAUAUGAGCGGCAUGGGCGGCCUGGGCUCGCUGGGGGACGUGAGCAAGAACAUGGCCCCGCUGCCCAGCGCACCCCGCCGGAAGCGUCGGGUGCUCUUCUCCCAGGCGCAGGUGUACGAGCUCGAGCGACGCUUCAAGCAGCAGAAGUACCUGUCGGCGCCGGAGCGCGAGCAUCUGGCCAGCAUGAUUCACCUGACACCCACGCAGGUCAAGAUCUGGUUCCAGAACCACCGCUACAAGAUGAAGCGCCAGGCGAAGGACAAGGCGGCGCAGCAGCAACUGCAGCAGGACAGCGGCGGCGGCGGAGGCGGCGGCGGCGGCGCGGGUUGCCCGCAGCAGCAGCAAGCUCAGCAGCAGUCGCCGCGCCGGGUGGCCGUGCCGGUCCUGGUGAAAGACGGCAAACCCUGCCAAGCGGGCGCCCCUGCACCGGGAGCCGCCAGCCUGCAAGGCCACGCGCAACAACAAGCUCAGCAGCAGGCGCAGGCGGCACAAGCGGCUGCCGCGGCCAUCUCUGUGGGCAGCGGUGGUGCGGGUCUAGGAGCACACCCAGGCCACCAGCCCGGCAGCGCAGGGCAGUCCCCGGACCUGGCGCACCACGCAGCCAGCCCCGCAGCGCUGCAGGGCCAGGUCUCUAGCCUAUCUCAUCUGAACUCCUCUGGCUCGGACUAUGGCGCCAUGUCUUGCUCUACUUUGCUUUAUGGUCGGACCUGGUGAGAUGUGGGACGCGCCUGAGCCCUGUGCGACCUCACCGCUUUCCCUCUACCCUCCGCAAAGACCACCAUUCGCCCGCUGCUCCACGCCCUUCUACUUUUUUCUCAUGUUUAGACCAAGGAAAAGUACACAAAGACCAAACUGCUGGACUCCUUCUUCUUCUUCUUCUUCUUCUUCUUCUUCUUCUUCUUCUUCUUCUUCUUCUUCUUCUUCUUCUUCUUCUUCUUCUUCUUCUUCUUCUUCUUCUUCUUCUUCUUCUUUUCUUCUUCUUCUUCUUCUCCUUCUUCUUUUUCUGCUUCUUCUUCUUCUUCCUCUUCUUCCUCUUCUUCCUCCUCCUCCUUCUUCCUCCUUUUUCUCCUUGUCCCCACUCCUCCUUUUCUCUUUCUCCUUUUCCUACGUUUCCCCUUUUUUUCCUUCAUCCUUCUCCCUUUCCUUUCUCUUUCCUACCUAAAACUUGUGGACUUUUUUUUAACAUAAAAAGAAAAUAGAAACAGUCAAGCAAAUCCAACCCCUUUACGAAUUCUUUAACCAGAGAAGGACAAAGAACAAAUUUGGGGGUCUUUCUGGUAGUUCAAAUGGGUUCUCAAGCUUAGGCAUGGCACAAUUUUGGGGCCUGCUCUAUGCUUCCACGGCCCUGAACUCUGAAGCCGGAAAACUUCCCUGUGGAUGCACUCUGCCAGCAAAGAGAGCUUGCUUGUAAAUACCAGGAUUUUUCGUUUGUUUGUUUCAGAAGGGAGGACAGAAACUGGAGAGAGGAAAGAUUCUUCAGCAUAACCCACUUGUCCCUGACACAAAGGAAGUGUCCCCUCCCAGGUGCCCUCUGGCCCUAUAGGUUCAGUCCAGGCUGGCCUUUCAGAAAAUUGUUUUAGGUUUGAUGUGAACUUGUAGCUGUAAAAUGCUGUCAAAAGUUGGACUAAAUGCCUAGUUUUUAGUAACCUGUACAUUAUGUUGUAAAAAGAACUCCAGUCCCAGUCCCUGGCCCCUCACUUUUUAAAAGGGCAUCAUGGACAAGCCUGUGUAUAUUACUCCACGGUUUGGUAUUUGCAGCACCAGUUGCCCCCUCCCUUUUUUCUGUUGUAACUUAUGUAGAUAUUUGGCUUAAAUAUAGUUCCUAAGAAGCUUCUAAUAAAUUAUACGAAUUUAAAAAGA